GAUAGAAAUCAGGUAGGAGGAGAAGUGAACAAGGACGAGAAAGGCGACGGAUGGGAGGAGAGGGCGUGAGAUUCGACGCGUGGGGAUACGGAGUCAACGCCUCGUCGGACGACUGCGUCUCCGCCAUCAACGCCUACUACCAGCAGGUGUUGAGUUACGGUAGAAAGAGAUCGGUGAUUCUUGAAGCAGUGGACCAUGAUGGAGAUUGCGUUUUAGCUAACAUUUUGGCUGCUCAUUAUCUCUGUUCUGCCGAUCCUUCUCGUCUGCCUUCGCUUAUUCAAGCUGCUAAGUCUCGUUUUGAACAAGCUACGCCAUAUGAAAAAGCUGUUUUCAAUGCUGUCAGCAGUUUGAUUUCAGAUAACAGAGACGACGAGGCCGCUUUCGAGCUGCAUCAAAAGCUCUUAAAAGAUUUCCCUAGAGAUUUGGUGUCUUUGAAGAGGGCUCAAAUAUUAUGCUUCUACAUGGGUCGACCGGAUCUUUCCCUGAAUCUUGUUGAACAGGUUUUACCAGAGAAUCAACAAGAAAAUUACGUGUAUGGAAUGCUUGCUUUUCCUUUACUGGAGCUUGGUCGAAUGGCUGAUGCUGAAAAGGCAGCAAAAAAGGGUUUUGAGAUAAACAAUGAGGAUUGUUGGGCACAGCAUGCCUUGUGCCAUGUUUCCCAGUAUGAGUGUCAUUUUAAAGAAGCAGUAGAGUUCAUGGAAGCAUGCUCGCCAUCAUGGAGCCCUUGUUCAUCAUUCAUGUUGACUCACAAUUGGUGGCAUGUAGCACUCUGCUACUUGGAAGGUCAUUCUCCAAUCAGAAAAGUCCUUGACAUAUAUGAUAAUCAUAUAUGGAAGGAAUUGGAAAGGCCUGAUGCUGUGCCUGCCGAGGUGUACUUAAAUGCUCUAGGUCUGCUGUUGCGGGUUCACGUGCGUGAUCACAUAGAUGUCUUUGAGGAACGCCUAAAAGUACUAGUCUGCCGUUUGACAGAUCAAUUUGCUAAAUUUUUUCAGAAGACUUGGUACAUCGAAUGGCAUCUUGAUUUGUUGACUUUAUGGGCCUUGGCAUACUCGGGAGAACUUUCUAUAGCAGAAGAACUAUUCAGUGGCCUGAAAUCCAGAUUUUCCAGGAUGAGCAAGAAGAAGCAAUCAUAUAUGCAUAGUGGGAUCCUGCUUGCAGAAGCUAUAUUUGAUUAUGGGAGGGGUAAGUAUGAACAAGCCUUGGAAGUGCUGGGUCCAGAUUUUGAUGCCAAUAACUGCAAGAUGAUCGGGGCAUCAGAUGAGCAGCUCGAUGUAUUUAAUGAAGUGUGGUUCAUUAUGCUACUAAGUACUGGACAAGCUACAAAAGCGACUGAAGCAAUCGAGGAGCGGAUUAAGAAAAGGGAGGGCGCUCCUUUCUUGUGGCAGCUGCAGGAGAGAGGCUACAAGCUGAUGGGCAAACCGGAAGCCACUGUCAUAAGCGAAAAGCUCCGAGCCAUGGAAAGUGCAUAUUUCAAGUAGCUUGCGACUUUACCGACAUUUUCCUUUCUCUUUUUCCCUGUUGUGAGAUGAACGCAGUUGGCUUGGUGUAAAUUCUAUGCUGGGUCGGAGCACCACCGAUAGAAACCCUUGGUCAAUGCCAGUCCGUGUCCUGCAAAUUCUGCAACUCCCUUGAACCUCGAUAAAAAACUUACUUGGAAUACAGUCUGAUUGGAAA